AUGGCAGCCUCGACACCCACCAAAGACGGUACCCGGAAGCCGAUGCUAGAUAUUGACUUCAUCAGUCAAGCAAUGGUCUUCAUCCCGUCAGAGCGAUGCACCAUAUCUUGCGGCACUAUAUGUGUCGACCCAAGCGCCGAUAAGGUGCUGAUUAUAUUUAACAGACGGCUCGGCAUUUGGCAGUUGCCCAAAGGUCGCAAAAACAUUGGCGAGUGUCUGCAAUCUGCCGCACUGCGUGAGACUUAUGAGGAAACAGGCGUGCACGCCUCGCUUUUCCCGCUGAAGAUCCGCACCCGCUCCACCCAGUCAUCUGCGACACCGAUCUUGCCAUCCGCAAACGCGUACCUUGCCAGCGGCACAGGUGCCAUAAUGGCAUCGUGCAGAGCGAGAGACCUAGAUGUACAUAUUGAUGGGCCACAUGUACCCAAUUCAAGUCACAACGCAACACCUAUAAUCGAGCACGAUACACUGGACCAUGACACAUCGCCUACUACGAUCGACCUAAAGUUGACGCGCAACCUUCUGAACAGCGAACUGAUCGGCAUCGUACAGUAUCCCGACCUGCAGGCGGCAACAGUGGACACUACCAAGACGGUGUUCUUCUAUGCGGCCGUGGCUGACUCGACGGCACCAUUAGGGCCGGGUGCGCGGGAGGACCAUGAAGACCUGAUAGCUGAGUGGGUGAACUUCCGGGAGGCGGGCAAGCGCCUCCGCUUCCGCCCGGAGCAGGAGGCCGUGUGCAAACUAGAAGACGACAUGAAGCGGUGA